GCGCAUUAGCAGUCAGGCAAACGCAUCCAUUAUUGCACAACUAGUAUCGAAUGCACUCUCCAGUAGGCCCUUGUUACCAGCAUGGCUUGGAAGCACAAUGCCUGGCAAAGCUUGAAUAUGACGAUAAACCAUAGAGUUAGUAUCGCGAUUGCAAGCUCGAAACGCUGUUUAGGACUGGUGUAGUGCACCGUUACGAUUUUUACUUACCAUACUACACCUCGCCUUUCUUGUCGAUGACUCUCCUCCUAGCGCUCUCGACUGAUAGACUGGAGACGCUUGCUGCGGUUUGGGUUUUAUGCCCGUCCAUAAAGCAUGCUGCCUAUGAAAUUGCUUACCCAAUCGUCUCGUAAUGGCAAUAUCGUUCCGAUCACAUUGAAGAAGACACUCACCACCGCUUCAGCACAUAAAGAUGGAGCCCAUAUCAAAUUCAAAAGCUGAGGGGCUCGACACCGUUCCAGAAGACGGCGGUCCACUCGUCACAGUGGGAGCCAACAUCCCGCAUCACCCACCAGAAGCUCGUCCGUCACGUAUUACCCGUGGGUCACUCGCCAAUUCCACACCCGCGUUUCAGCGGCGCAUGACGAUCGUGCAACAACGCCGACCGACAUCUGUAUUUGGUACUCCCAGCAAUGCACGGGAAACUGAUGAUUUUGUCCCGGAUCUUCCAAUUCGUCUGGCGCCAAUCACCCGCGACGAUAUCGAUCUUGCAUUCGAAACGUUGAGUCGAGAUGGAAAAAGGAUCAAGCGGGAAGAUAUCAAGGUUUUUGUGGAUCUACUAUUUAGUGCCAGUACAGGAGGUGGGGGUAGUGCCAAUGUACCUUCCAGUGCCAAUCCAGGCUUGGCGCGGACAUAUUCUCAGGCGGGAGGUAUUGGAUCGACGAUUGGAGGAGGGGGAGGCAUCGUGGGCGGAACGAGCGGUGGCAUAAAUGCGAACAAGGCUAAAGCGCUAAAGUUGGUUACAAAUGGAAAAGAAGAGGUUACGAAGGAAGGCUUGAUAAAUCUCCUGCUAAAUAGGGCAUUGAUAUCCAUGCCAUUUGAUGAAGCAUUCCAGUGGUUUGACCCACAUACCGACACGGGAUCCUCGCCAGCUCUGACUGAAGCAGAUCUGCGGCGACUAGCAGCUGCGAUGAGUCCAUACGGGGUUGCACACCGUGGGGAUGUCAAGGCAUUACUCGCUCACUUUGAUAGGGAUGGCGACGGAGUUCUUGGCUUAGAAGACUUCAAGCGGAUGAUCUUAUGAUAUGUGCAUGAACAUAACACCGUGAUGCUGCUUCCGUAGAUUACAUAGCACUUCCGUGUCAUUUAGAUCAUGAUUCAUGUAGCUCAUUCAAAGCAGUCUCUGGGAACCACCAACGCUGAACGGUCAUUGUUUUUAAACAGAAGACUAAAGCUCUUGAUAUACAGAAA